AAGGGUCGCCGCCGCCACUCGCCGCCGUUGUCAGGGCCACGUGUGUCGCUUCUCCCCGAAGCCAUGAAGGGGACACGCGGGGCACCGGCCCCGGGGGAGGGGAGGAGGAGGAGGAGAGGCAAAGCCGCGGCUCCGAGUGGCCCGGUACCCGGGCACUUGCAGCUCCAGAGGAAACCCAAGGAGAUCAACAUGAGGCCCAAGAACGUCGACGAUCAGGAGAUUCCGUACAAACUUCGUGAAAUAAUGAGAAGUAAAGAGAAAUUGAAGAAACGGAUGAAUAAGCCAAAGAAGAACGCUGUGGCCCCAGCAGCGAAACCCGCUUCAGGACACUCAAAACCGCAGGAUUACAUAGCUGUUCCGAAGUUUAAGCAGAAGAAGGGGGAAUCGGAGAGAGCCUACAUACAGCGGAUGGACCGGGAGUCGCAGUACGUCAUGUUUCUGACGCGAAAUCAAGAGUACCGUUGCCCUGAGAUGCAAGAGCCGAAGCAGGAGGAGAGCCUGGUCAAACCUAAAUCAGAGCGAAAGAAAAACUUUGACAGAAGGAGAGUGGAGAGGUUGAACAGAAAGAAAGUUGAGCGAAACGAGGUGGACCGAGAGAAAGAAAUGCUCUCAGAUCCUGUGAGUUUUGGAGAAGUGGUGCUGCAGCCCCCGACCCUCACAGCUAAACCCAGGAAAAGCCAGCAAACGGAGAGGUCUGGCCAGAAGGCAUUACUUCUGAAGGCUCUGUUCGAGCAAAACAAAAGCACAUCAGAAAGCACCCGCAAGACGCCAGGAGGCGCUAAAGUGUCCACAAUGUCCAUGGCUCGCCAGAGGAUGAUGCUGGAGGAACGAGAGAGGGUGGUGAAGGCUUACAGAGAACUAAAGAAACGGAAGCAACAAAAUCUGUCCAAGAAUAAGGACAGUACAGAUAAGCGAAGGAAUCCUGAAUAACCAGCUUGUUAUGCUGAGUCAGACUCUCAUCCAGCCUUGGAUGAUGCAAAUGAGGACUCCAUACUUGUUGAUCUGUCAGUUACGUUCUUAUCUGUGGAUUGCAACUGGCUGCCACAUUUCGCCCACAGAAUAUACACCUAACAAUACACCUUGUGAAGCGCUUUGAGACUUUGAAAGUGAUGAGGCGCUGUAUCAAUUAGCCAGAUCUAAUACGUAACAAUGACGAGUCACAGGCCUGCUCAGUGAUGAAGCCCUCUAAGAGGCUGGGUCUGCAGAUUUCUCCCUGUAGUACACAACUGGCUGCCGUUGUCAAAGCUGCACUGUUUGAGAAUCAGUGACUGUACAAAUAACAGAGAGAGUUUAAUCCCUGGUGCAAACAGUGGGAAACCUAACCCUUCUCUUCUGUGGAGAGGUCAAGAGUCCUAACAAAAUGGUCAGAUGUUUGUUUUUCCCAAGGGAUUGGCACAGGCAUAAAUUCAGCUUCCAUCAGCUAAACAACGACCCCGAGUUUCCGCAAGCUGCUUCUUGUUUACCUCUCUGGCUGGUUGUAUUACAAAAGGACGCAGGGAGCUAGGGGUGGGUUAGCCUUUCCCAAGGAGAAAUAAUGAGAAGCUGUUCUAUUUACUGGUUAGGAAAAGAACCUCUUACACAUUGAAUAAAGCCAGUGAUACUCUUCCA